AGAUUUCUAAUGUCGUUGUAUUUUGACUGUGCCGUGAGCGGAGGGGGAGGGGCGGGUAAUAUUCACGUGUCAAGCACGUGGCACCCAAACCUACCUUAUCUAGCGGUUGGGUCAUACUCAGAGGAGAAAGGAGGAUAUGUUACAGUUUACACAGAUACGGGGGAGAAAGCUGAUGGUAUUAAUCUUCCUGCACACCCCACUGCACAGGUUACCGCAGUAGCGUGGCAUCCUACAAAGAAGGUUCUGGUAGUGGGCUGGGAAAACGGAGAACUUUUUCUUUUCUCAGAUCACAACAACUUGUGUAUAGAGGUUCCAACUAUUCAUAAUGCUGCAGUUUCCCUGCUUGUCUGGAGCAAAGGAGGAGCUAGACUGAUCACAGGAGAUUCAGCAGGCUCUGUAGUAGGCUGGGCCUUUGAUAGAUCCGGUCAACUUAAUACAGUGUUUCAUCAUGAACUGAAAGAUCCGAUAUCACAAAUAAUAUUCAGAAACACUUACGAGCGCACUGGAGAGCUUGACAUGAGUGGAUUGGCGCGCGCAGCUGUCGAAGGAGAUGAACGCGCGCUUGAUCUUUUUUCUUCAUGGAGACCCAAGACUGGUAGAAGAGGAGGGUAUGGACUGGAGGAGAAAAAAGAAAAUCUAAACUUUUAUGUUGGAUCGAUGACAGGUGUUAUAUACUACUUGAAUGAGAAUGGAAGCUGCAUGGAAGUCCUACAGGCAGAUGGAGCUAUCAGAACUCUUCUGUAUCAUGAAUACGGAGAAGUACUGGUGGCUGUUACUGAGAGUUUGGUGGUCGGUCAAUUCAGGGUUGAGCUGGAUGGAACACUUACUGAGAUUAGCAAAGCUAAAAUGUCCACAAGAAGUACAGAUUGUGCGAUCACAUGGGCUGGUCGUGGACUCCUGGGGAUAACUACAGGAGAACUGGGAGUACGCUUGUGGAACCUAGAUUCUGGUGAUAACUUUGUCCUGACUGGGGCUACAGGAGCGGGAGGAAAAUCAGAAUUUAUAACUAGCCUAGGCUACUGCAGCGCCAAAUCAACACUAGCGGCAGGAACAAGUCUUGGUAAUAUUCUGAUGUGGAAGUGUAAUAAUUCAAAUACCUCCCUUAGCACUUCACAGGAAUCUAGUUGGAUAGCUGAACCUAUGGCCAGGGUGGGAUUUGCAGUAAAGCACCUGAGCUGGGGGUCAAACUAUAAUCUUCUUGGCGUCAACUGUGUCAGAGAGGUUUUCAUUUUGCGGGAGCAUGAAGUGUCUGUUCACUAUAAUCAAGAUGUCUGCGCUGUACAGGUUAGUCCCACCAACUUGACUGUGAUGCUGGGGGAGAAAAAGGCGAGCUUGGUGUCAGAUAUUCAAAUUAGAGGUGUGUUUGUGACCGAUGAAACCCUGGCUGUCUGGAACGGUCAUCGAGUCCUUGUUUACGAUAUCAACCAUGAAAACAGCAGAUUUAUUUCUCAAGGAGCAUUUAACGCCGAGUGUGAGAGUCUAGUUGUAUUUGAGAAGAGCAUUAUAACCCUGGAGGGAAUGAAAAUUCACAUCAGAAAUUUUCAGGGAACCAUUAAGCAAACUCUGGGUUUUAGUGAAAACGAAGGAAUGGGAAUAUAUGUCGAUGUGAACUCAUCGUUUGUUGUGUGCGCAACUAUAACAGGAUGCAUCAGGAUGUGGGAUAUAUCUAGGCGUGAGGCUAAAUCACAUUCGUAUCCAAAGUUUUUAGCAGAGUUUAUAUCUGAUUUUGGAGAAGUUAUUUCGGUGAAAAUAAACCACAAUGCUACAAAAGCUAGUAUUUUGAUUGCUCAGGGUAGUUUAGUCCCUGAUCCUAAACUCUAUGUUUGGGAUAUAGAGAAUGAUAACAUUAUAUACUUCAACUUUGCUUCAGGGAAAAAUGAUCAGGAUGAUAAUAACAGUGUUCCACCUAAUUCUGCUAGAUCAGAUAGAGAAGGAGGAAAUAACCCUUUACAGACAGAAAUAUACGGAAGGGUGGCAGUCAACCAUAGCUGGGACCCAGAGGAGGCUAAACUACUCAUAGUAGAGGCCAGGAUUAUUCCAGGUAUAGAGGUUUUCAAAUUCUUUCUUUUAAUCACACAUGUUUGAAUUGUGCAUUACAUU